AAGCCGAACAGCCGCCACCACGCUUUCAGUCGCGGCAAGACGCAAGCGAGCCAGGCUGAGGGCCGUGGCAGCUAUGCAGCGACGGCGGCGCCCUUCGCCGCCCGCUUCUCAGCUGCCAGAGGACUGUGGGGGAGGUGGCGGCGGCCGCGGGGGCCGCGGCGUCCACGGCGUGAGCGAGGAGGUGGAAGUGCAGUUCUCCGCCGGGCGUUUGGGCUCGGUCGCGGUGGAUUCGGCGGCGGCGGCAGCGGCGGCGGUGGUAGCCGCGCGCAGCACGGAGGAGGAGGAGGAGAGGCUCGAGCGCGAGCACUUUUGGAAGAUCAUUAAUGCUUUUCGCUACUACGGCACCAGUAUGCAUGAGCGAGUGAACCGAACAGAAAGACAAUUUCGAUCACUUCCAGCUAAUCAACAGAAACUACUUCCUCAGUUUCUUCUUCACUUGGACAAGAUCCGGAAAUGCAUUGAUCAUAAUCAAGAAAUACUCCUGACCAUUGUGAAUGAUUGCAUACAUAUGUUUGAAAAUAAAGAAUAUGGAGAAAAUGGGAAUGGAAAGAUUAUGCCAGCAUCUACAUUUGACAUGGAUAAGUUGAAAUCCACACUGAAACAGUUUGUGCGAGACUGGUGUGAAACUGGGAAAGCAGAAAGGGAUGCCUGUUACCAGCCAAUCAUUAAAGAAAUUUUAAAAAAUUUUCCAAAAGAGAGAUGGGAUCCUUCUAAAGUAAAUAUUCUGGUACCUGGUGCUGGACUAGGAAGACUGGCCUGGGAAAUAGCUAUGCUAGGUUAUGCUUGUCAAGGAAAUGAAUGGAGUUUUUUUAUGCUCUUUUCUUCCAACUUUGUACUCAACAGAUGUUCUGAAAUUAAUAAAUAUAAGCUUUAUCCCUGGAUCCAUCAGUUUAGCAAUAACCGGAGGUCAGCUGAUCAGAUUCGACCCAUCUUUUUCCCUGAUGUUGACCCCCACAGUCUUCCUCCAGGUUCUAACUUUUCUAUGACAGCAGGAGAUUUUCAGGAGAUAUACUCAGAAUGCAAUACCUGGGACUGUAUUGCUACCUGUUUCUUCAUAGACACAGCUCACAAUGUAAUUGAUUAUAUUGACACAAUAUGGAAAAUACUCAAGCCAGGUGGAAUUUGGAUAAAUCUAGGUCCUCUGCUGUACCACUUUGAAAAUUUGGCAAAUGAACUUUCCAUAGAAUUGAGCUAUGAGGAUCUAAAAAAUGUUGUUCUGCAGUAUGGAUUCCAGCUAGAGGUGGAAAAGGAAUCUGUCUUGUCAACAUAUACUGUGAAUGAUCUCUCCAUGAUGAAAUACUACUAUGAAUGUGUUUUGUUUGUGGUCCGUAAGCCACAAUAAUGGUCUCAAGUGAUAUCACCAAGAAAAAUAAGUUCAAUAAGAGCAAAUCCUGAAAUAAACAACUCAAAAACAACUAUCAAAUGACAGGACACAACCUCAAAUCAGUGGUGCCUUCUUAUUCCUAACAAAGUUUAGAAAUAGUGUCUAUUUUCUUAUGUCUUAUUGCUUUUUCAGAAAUAUACUAUGCCAUGCAUAUUUGUAUUACACAAGUAAAAACUGAGGAAAUAUCUUCAAGUUUACCUUUUGCUUGAAACCCAGAAUUGUCUUUCUGUAGAAAACACUUUAGUGUCUUCAUGAAGCUCUCCGUUCCAGGUCUG